AUGGAUGUUGGGACAGAUAAGCCCGAUCAUGUUAUUGGAGAAUAUGAACAUGAUAAGGUCGUUGGGGAAGGUAAUCACGACACUUUCCAGAUUAAAGAACAGUAUCAGAAAAAUGAUAUUGACGAAGAUGAUCUAGCAGAAAUAUGGAAGGAGAUGGCAAUGGCAACAGAAUGUUCCAAGGAUAUUGCUGUUGAUCCUUCAGCUGAUGAAACAUCUGGUGUAUGUGGGGAAGAAUGUGAUCACUUUUUCAUCCAGAAGGAUGAUCUUGGAUUAGUUUGUCGUAUCUGUGGAGUUGUUCAACAAGGAAUUGAAACUAUGUUUGAAUUCCAAUAUAGUAAGGCCAAAAGGACUAAACGAACUUACAUGUAUGAGUCACGGAAUGCCAACACUACCGAGUCAACUCAGAGUUUCUCAGUUGGACUGAAGUCUACUAAGGAUUAUUUAAUAGCAACAGAAAUUUAUGCCCAUCCAAGGCAUAGAAAUCAAAUGAAACCACAUCAGGUGGAGGGCUUUAAUUUUCUUUCUAGCAACUUGCUGACAGAUAAUCCAGGCGGUUGCAUUUUGGCUCAUGCCCCUGGUUCUGGAAAGACUUUUCUGAUUAUAAGUUUUGUGCAGAGUUUCCUAGCUAGGUUCCCCCAUGCUAGACCACUGAUUGUUCUACCUAAAGGCAUUCUGGCUACAUGGAAGAAAGAGUUCAAGAUAUGGCAGGUGGAGGACAUUCCGUUGCAUGAUUUUUACACUUCCAAAGCAGAUAACCGGUCUCAGCAGCUGGAUAUUUUAAAACAAUGGGUAGAGCAGAAGAGCAUCCUUUUUUUAGGGUAUCAACAGUUCUCUACUAUAAUGUGUGACAAUGGGACCAGUAGGACAUCAGUUGAUUGUCAAGAAAUUCUGCUGAAGGUCCCUCGCAUUCUUAUUUUAGAUGAAGGUCACACUCCAAGGAAUGAGGAUACAAAUAUGCUUCAGUCCCUUGCACGAGUCCAAACACCUCUAAAAGUUGUCCUCUCAGGAACCCUGUAUCAAAACCAUGUGAAAGAAGUUUUCAAUAUUUUAGAUCUUGUUCGUCCCAAGUUUCUGAAAUUGGAUACUUCCCGGGCUGUUGUUAAUCGGAUAAUGAGCAGAGUGCAGAUAUCAGGUGUGAGGAAACAAUCGAAAACUGGUACAAAUUUAGCUCUGUUUGACUUAAUAGAACACACUCUCCAGAAAGAUGAAGAUUUUAGAAGGAAAGUGGCUGUCAUACAAGAUCUUCGAGAAAUGACCAGGAAGGUCCUGCAUUAUUACAAAGGUGAUUCUCUGGACGAACUUCCGGGACUUGUGGAUUUCACCGUUGUACUUAAUCUUAGUUCAAGACAGAAACUUGAAGUGAAAAAGUUGAACAAAUUGGAUUACUUCAAGAAAGCUUCUGUGGGGAGUCUUGUGUAUAUGCAUCCAGAGUUGAAAUCUCUUACAGACAAAUAUUCGUCAACAGGAGGAAAAGGCUCUGAAAUUGAUAAUAAGGAGAUGGAUAAACUUAUAGAAAAUAUAAAUUUGAGAGAUGGAGUAAAAGCUAAGUUCUUUCUUAGUAUACUAGGCCUAUGUGAAUCAACUGGUGAGAAGCUGCUGGUUUUCAGCCAGUGA